CUGCGCGCACGUCCGCCCCAGCGAUGCAGAGUGGGAGGCAGCUGGGCUGAUAGAGAGAGAGAUUCAGAAACUCAGAGCCGUGCAUUCAGGACACUGCUCUGCCCGGGUUGCAAUCCAUGCACCGGGGGCUACAUAUCACGGUGGGGGUCACAUCUUAACUACACUUUGCAAUCUCCACCCCCGCCUGCAUAGACACAAUGCAGGACAGUGUACCUCUCUUACAACCGUCCGCUUGCUUAACAGAACGGAGGUUAUUAGAAAAUGCAGACUUUAUUGGUGUUGAAUACCAUUCGAUGUUCAUGUGCAAAUCAAAACGGGGGGUGAAGCGAGACGAUAGCAAGGAAACCUAUAAGCUACCACAUAGACUGAUAGAAAAGAAACGACGUGAUAGAAUUAACGAAUGCAUUUCGCAGCUUAAGGACUUGCUUCCCGAGCAUCUGAAAUUGACGACACUUGGGCAUCUGGAGAAGGCUGUAGUUUUAGAAUUAACACUGAAACACUUAAAGGCUUUAACUACUUUGACGGAGCAACAACACCAGAGGAUAAUUGCUUUGCAAAAUGGGGACACUACACUGAAGGCAGCCAAGCGGUCGGAUCUGGACGCGUUCCACUCUGGAUUCCAGACGUGCGCCCAGGAGGUCCUGCAGCACCUGACCCGGUUUGAGAGUUGGACGCCCCGGGAGCAGGUCAGCGCCCAGCUCAUCAGCCACCUGCACCGAGCCGCCACGCAGCCCCGAUCCGACGGAGAGGCGCUGGGUGCAGGACAGGCUGCCGCUGGGGGGGCAGAACGCGGGCGGGCCAGGGAGAACUGCGUGCCGGUCAUUCGGAGGACGGCGGAGCACAGCAGCAGUGACACAGACACCGACAGCGGCUAUGGCGGGGAAGGGGAGCGGAGCGAGGGGAAAGGGGAGCGGCUGUCCGGGCUGCAGGGCGCGACCGGGACUGGCCGCAGGAGCCUCCCCGUCAAAGUUAAACUGGAGCCCGAGGACCCCCCGGCAAAGAGGGUCAGAGUCGGCACCUCGGAAGCGGGCUGUGACCUCGCCCUUCUCUCCGCGGGGAUCGGCGCGAUGCCCACGCCUGGCCAGCAGCCCCCUUUCUGCCUGCCCUUGUACUUCAUUGCCCCCUCUGCGGCCACCCCCUACCUGCCUGUCCUGGGCGGGGGCGACCCAGAGAGGCGCUGGUACCCGGCCCCCAUCCCAUUCUUCUACCCCGGCCUUCACGGCAUUGCGGCGCUGGCCGCCGAGGCGCAGCUCUGCCGGGUUCCCUCCCCGGCGGCUGGCGCUGGGGGGGAUCUGAGCCCAGCCCCGGAUCUGCUCCGGUCACCGGGUGGGGUGUCCUAAGCCGUUGGCGCAGCCCCCCACCCCCCCACAGCCCUCGCCCCACCUCCCCUCCCCACUCUGAUUUGGAAUGUGGAAUUGGGUAGCAUGGACCCUGCCGUCCCAAUUGCCCCUGGAGCUGGAAGGAAGCCCAAGUUCCAAAAUGACCUGCCUCUGGAGCACAAGUUGUGAACAUAGAACAUGACAGCACAAUACAGGCCCUUCGGCCCACAAUGUUGUGCUGACCUUUAAACCUCACCUAAGACUACCUAACCCCCUUCCUCCCACAUAUACCUUUAUUUUAAAUUCCUCAAUAUGCUUAUCUAGUAAUCUCUUGAAUUUGACCAAUGUACCUACCUCCACCACCAAUCAAUAUUGUCAUCUCCAAAUGCCUCGGAAGAUCUGUCUUCUUGUUUCAGAAGAAGAUCAAAGUCGGCCGAGUUGGACCCUCUUGGGGUGCCGAUUAAAAUCUGGGAUGCAAACCUCUGUGUGUGCUGAAUAAUUCACUGGCAAUUGUAGUGGAGUUCGACCACCUCCUCCUGAUACUUGUGUUGAAGACCAAACACAAGUUCUGGGAAGAAUGCCUGCUUCUGUUCUCUCUUCCCUCCCACCACCCACCCCCCCCCACCUCCCCCCGGAAUGAGUUGCAAAUUGGUGUCGGCUUCAAAGAAACUGUUAAAGGUGCCCUGUGAAAGGGUUAAUAUAAACAAUAAAGGCAAGUUGUAAAUCCCCUGUUCCAAUGAUCAGUCUUUGAGUCAAAUGUGGAUUUAAGAAUGGUAAACGCCUUCCCCAGUUCACAACAGAGGGAGUAUCUUAGCCCUGAAAUGCUCCCGAAUUAUGUCGAAACUUUUGUGGCCUUUGUGAGAGUAAUCUGUGGGGUUGAUACUUUUUCCGCUUUUCUCUCUCUCCUUCCCCCCCACCAGCCUCCCACAACCUCAACACCCUGAAUCCUGUCCCCCACACCCUCCCAGACAAUUGAAAGUCAUGCGGUUGAGAGCCUUAUUACCCAGACUGAGGAGACGGCGGCCUCAGUGAAACCUAUUUUUAGUUGUUGCCAAGGCAGCAGGUUUGGUGAUGCUGUGAAGUGUUAUGUAACAGCUGAGGCUCGUCCCUUCUUGAGCGUGAGCUAGAACUUGUAUUCAUCCUGGUUACAUUACUGCUGCUGUCUGCCUGAUGUGCUGCGUUCAAAAGUAUUGUGAAAUAUAUAUUUGCCUGAAGUGGCUCUUGUGUACUGUAAAUAGUUUGGGGGAAUAAUCCUGAAUCUCGUCUUGAGGCUAUUUUUGUAGGGAGAUAAUACAUGAUAACCACUGAAUAUUUUUUUUGUGUCGAGCAAAACAAAUUUUAUGAAGAAUUGUUGAAUAACGUUUGCACUUUUUGUUACUGCUUAAUGCUUAUGCGGUCUUAAAUUAUUAAAAUAAAUACGGUCAGCAUUUCA